UGUCAAAUAUUUAAUAAGCCGCUAGUCAUUGCUAGCAUUGUCGUCGAGUGUGAAGCAGCUUUUUAAGUGCGCAUGUUUUUUCAUUUUUAAUUCUGCAAAAAUGCCUAAAGAAUCUCCCCCGAAGCCGAAAACCUUAUUUAUCGAAAGGUGUAUAAAGGGCCAACCAUAUGUCUCCCGCUAUGGCCAAGAAGUUGAGGCUAGACUCCUGGUAACGUACAAGAAGGGACAUGCCGUUGACACUCCUGAAGAAAACUUUGAGUCGGAGAUUCCUUCGGGAAGCAAUCGUUGCAGCAAGUGCCUUCUACCCACAUAUAUGUGCUGUAACUUUGCGAAGAAAGUCAAGAAGGAAAGGUUUGAGGCCGCCAAUCCGAAGCCGAAGGAUGUGAAUGCUCAGACAGAUGUGGACAAGAAAGAAGGAGAGCUUCAGGAAGAGAAAAAUCUUAAGGGGGGAGAAGCAGAGCUAGAAGGAAAAGGAGUAGAAGCAAGGAAAGAAGCAAAGGAGGAGGCAACGAAGGAAGCAAGGGAGGAGCCAAAAAAUAAAGCAAAGGAGAAGGCAAGGAAGGAAGCAAUGGAAAAGGCAAAAAAGAAUACACCGAAGGAAACAAAGAAGGCAAAGAAGAAUGCAAUGAAGGUGUUUCAUACUGACAGACGGACAGGGCUAGAUCGUCUCGGCUGA